CUGCUCUGUACCAUGGCCAUCAACAUCGCCUUCUGGAACAUCCCUGUGGAUCCAAACUCAACAGUACUCUUUUCAAUUGGUUCAAUAAAGAUGACCUGGCAGGACCUCAUGGUGGGCGUGCAGUGCGGUCUCCUCAUGUUCCCUAUCAACAUCCUCAUCAUCACAAUCUUUCGAAGCAUCAAACCUCGCAUAGUUCCAAAAUCUAAAAAAGCUGACCCUGAGGAGAGCGUGAGACCCCCCAUAGUCAACAUACCGACUGUGCUGAGGGAUGUAGAGCAGAUCAUUUUUCUGGCGAGCAAGAGCCCAAGAAACAAGAUGUUAGAGAUGCACAGACUGGAGUCCACUGUUGAUCUCUUCUCUGCCUUGGACAGGUUGAAUGAAUUAAUUCAGCACAUGCAAGGAGAGAGUGAGAGCGACCAUCACUUGGUGUACUGCAGCAAGUUUGUCCUAGCUAGUCUCUGUCAUCUCCUGAUGUGCCUGGAGAAACUGGAUUUCAGAUACUUUGCCACUCUAGACCAGUACCAGCAGGCCCUCAACUACACCAACGCACUGGUUCACAAGACUGAGAUGGUCUUCAGCAGCCAUUUGGCCUACUGCCCACCUCCUGCGAAGAAGCCAAAGAAGAAGGCAACGACUAUUCUGGGCUGUUGGCUGCCAUGGUGGUUUGUGUUUGUGGGCUGGUUCUUGUUGCUGUCCAUCAGCGGCAUUUCAACUUUCUUCACCUUGUUGUACGGCUUUCAGUACGGCAAAGAGAAGUCCAUCAAGUGGGUCAUUUCUCUGGGCCUCUCCCUUUUCGAAAGCAUCUUUAUUCUGCAGCCUCUCAAGGUGAUAGGCGUUGCUGUGAUUUUCGCCCUGCUGCUCAAACCUGUAGCUGUAGAUGAGAGUGAAGAAGUUGAGCAAGUCCUGUUAGAGCAACAGGAAAAGUGCAGAAAGUACAGCGGCAGGGACACGAUGUGAGGAUACUGCAUUUGACGACAUGAGCUGUCUCCUCUGACAUACACAGCUGCAACACACGGCCCCCCCUCGCUUCUUAGACAAUCUUUUGCACUUAUUGUAAGUUUUACUU